AUGGCGGAUAUUCAGACAGAGAGGGCUUAUCAGAAGCAGCCAACUAUCUUCCAGAACAAGAAGCGUGUGCUUCUUGGGGAGACCGGCAAAGAGAAGCUCCCACGAUACUACAGAAAUGUUGGUUUGGGUUUCAAGACCCCCAGAGAGGCAAUCGAGGGCACAUACAUUGACAAGAAAUGCCCAUUCACUGGGAAUGUGUCUAUUCGUGGUCGCAUUCUUCUUUCGGGUGUGGUCACAAAGAUGAAGAUGCAGCGCACCAUCGUUAUCCGCCGCGACUACUUGCACUACAUCCGCAAGUACAACCGUUUUGAAAAACGUCACAAGAACAUGUCUGUGCAUCUGUCCCCCUGCUUCAGGGAUGUACAGAUUGGGGAUAUUGUCACCGUUGGAGAGUGUCGUCCUCUCAGCAAAACUGUCAGAUUCAAUGUCCUGAAAGUAACAAAAGCUGCUGGAACCAAGAAACAGUUCCAGAAGUUUUAA